AUCCUGUUUCAAUUUUUAAUCUCCUCGAGGAAGUAAAUGCUUCGAGGGCUUAAUUGUUGGUGUGGAAAUAAGGGCAUUUUCUUCAGGAGUAACAGUUUGAGGCAUAUUUUUCAGUCGAGAAUUAUGAUGCAUACGGGUGGAGAAGUUGUAGAGCGACUUGAAAAACGUGCAGUGGAAGCUGAAGAUACCAUUUCCCUGUUGAAAUCUCAGUUGUACUUUUUACAGAAAGCAACAGAGAAGAAGACGAAUUCAUUGGGAAGUAAGGAUAUUUCAGCUCUCAAACAAGAGAAUGAGCACCUGAGGCAGGAAGUUGACAAACUUAAAGCAGAGCUGGAAUAUUGGGAAGUGAGGAAUGGAUUGAAACAAGUUAUUCUCCCAGGUAAGGCGCAAGGCACGUCUUUCAUUGAACAAGAAAAAGUUGAAGCACUUGUCGCUGAACAAGCAGAAGUGAGACCUGAAAAAGCAAAAGAAGAGAAGCCAAUGGAAAAGAAACAGAAGAAAGAGAAAGCAGAGAAAAAAGGAAAGGAGAAACCAAAAGCUGUAGAAGAAGCGGCCAACACUGUGGAACCUGAUGUGUCUCGUAUUGACUUCCGUGUGGGUAAAAUAGUGUCCGCCAAACGUCACCCUGAUGCUGAUACACUGUUUGUGGAAGAAAUUGAUGUUGGAGAAGAAAGUCCCCGAACAGUUUGCAGUGGCCUUGUAGGAUCAGUGCCUCUAGAGGAACUUCAGGAUCGUGUUGUAAUCGUGAUGUGCAACCUUAAGCCAGUAAAAAUGCGCGGUAUCACGUCGCAAGCCAUGGUGAUGUGUGCGAGUCCCGAUGACAGAUCGUCGUUUGAACUACUGAAUGCGCCCGAGGGCAGCGUGCCUGGCGACAGGGUCACAUUUGAUGGCUUUCCAGGGGAACCAGACAAGCAGUUGAAUCCAAAGAGAAAGGUUUGGGAGCAAGUUAAGCCUCACCUUCGUACAAACGAUGUAGGGAUCGCAUGCUACAAGGAUACUCCUUUCAGUGUAUCUGGAAAAGGUGUUUGUACAUCGAGCAAAUUUUUUAAGGCACCCAUAAGUUGAAGCCGUGGAUAGAAAAACGAUGCAACCUGACGAAAUAAAAUCUAAGAUUUCUGAAAUGAAAUAAAGGAAGCUCUUGAUUCAUCAAACGUCUUUGAAAUAAACUGUUUUCAUUAAAGAAAAUUCCAACCGGUUCUACUGCUAAUAAAAGUGUGGGAAAAAA